AGAAAUGAAGAACUUCGUGUAAGCUUCAAUUAAGAUAUUGCCUACAAGAAAACCGCAUUAUGUAGCGAAAAACCCAGUGAUGGUCACUGGUAAUUUUCGCGAUACGAUCGUUUCACGUGGCACGUACGGUGAGCGAUACGACUCGAAUCGCGACGCGCAAAAUUCGAAAUUGUUGAAAUGGUAUUAUAGUUAUGACACACGGUGUAUAUACGGUCGGUAGUCCACACAUACUGUCACAGGCGAACGGAUACACGGCCACGUGGAUAUCGGUACACUCGCUCGUGUGCUCGCGCUCGUAGUCGCGCGUGUGCGUGGAUUAUUUUCGCUUAUGCCGCCGCGCACGCAAUCUCAGAAGUGGUUCUCCCGUUGACAGGUUCCGAGCGAGUUUCCGCCGGCCCUCGAGGCACCGAUCGAGAGUGGUUCGGGAUCGACGAUCAGCCACGGUUGGUUCCUGGAUCAUCCGGCCCGGCGGGAUCCGCGAACGAGGCGACAAAGGUGUGUCGCGGUCGGUACCAGUGACGAGCACGAAGGAAUUUCUUAUGCAACGAUCGGCGGACAGGUUGGAUGGACAUCGUCAUCCGUCGGUUUUACGCGUCGCGCCGCUGUACGGCGAACCGUCGCGUCGGCGCGCAGAAAAACACGAGAGAGAAACGUGUCGCGGGUGAAUUAUGAAUGAUUCUCGCGUCGAGAACGUUCGCGCGAUUCCGUGUGGUCAGAAACGUGGGAUCGAGAACGGAACGAUUAAGAAGGAUGCUAUCGGUACCAUCCGAUAAAUCGCGGACAAUAUUUGACGGAAACGAGCAGGCGCGAAACACCUGGCGCGCGGUUUAAUUUCCGCCGACGAACGUCUUGUCGCGCACACGUCGCCGCCGACUGCGGAAAUAUCGGUCAUCGCGAGCGUCACGGAAAAUUGAUAACGAUGACGAAACUGGACGGGAAUAAACGAUAGGAUGCGCGUUUCCACGAGAAAUCGUACGAACGAUGCGUGGCACGAACGUGGCCGUGGAACUUGGAACGUUCGCGUUUGUUUUUCAAACGCCUGGCUCACGUUGCGAUCGAACGAACGCGCUUCGACGAGUACCUGCGUGUUUUUAGCGAAACGUAUCGCGCGUUAAAGGUGCUACGACCCUGCGACCGCUGCUGGUGUGUGUUCGACCUAUAGAAAGUUCCGAGAGCCGUCGCGUUUCUAGGAAGCGAGGAAGCGACGAUUUUGUCGCGGGUGCGCGGCAAAUAGGAACAAAGGAACGAUGAGUAGCUAAAUGCGUGAGAUCGGAAGGAACGAACUGUAAGUAGCGUCUCUAAGACGCGUGUUCGACUGUUCGAAUCUCAAUCAAGACCAUCGAUCGGUUCACAAGGGAAAAGAGUGCUCGAUUAACGAAAAUCAUGGUAGACGGAGAGACGGAUCCGAGGCGGGUCGAGAUUUUUCAUCUUGAUUCGUUCGUGGAGUUAGCGAGGAAUCUAUAAAUACGAGAGGCAAGAGAAGAGAGACACGGGUGGCGGGCGAUAUCGUUGAACGAAAUGCUCAUGACCGAAAAAGGUUCUCUCAGGAAAGGAACCAACGAGGAACUGGACGACGAGCAUUCGACAGCCACCGACAACAACGUUGCGUCGCUGAACAAGCUACUCGUAAACUCGACGGUUCCUGCGGCUGCAGUUGCGGUGAAACUAUACGAGGACUCCGCGGACGAAGCCGGAAGGAACAGCGCCGAGAAACAGAAGCGCGGUAUUCUUAGCAAUUUUCAGAGGAGAACUUUCAGCAGGAUCAGCUUCAAGGGAGAGUCUGGACCUUUAUUGAGCAGAUACCGACAAACUAGGUUCAGCUCUAGAAGGAUACGCAAGAGGGUGGUUUUCAAGCACGGCGAUUGCAAUGUCGUACAAGGAAAUGUCGCCAAGCGACGACGCCGUUACCUUCAGGAUAUUUUCACGACGCUGGUGGACGCUCAAUGGCGCUGGACACUUCUGGUGUUCUCCAUGAAUUUUCUGCUCUCCUGGCUGGGCUUCGCUUUGAUAUGGUGGCUGAUAGCGUACAGCCACGGGGACCUCAAUCCAGAGAACUACACCAAUUCGAACUUUACGUUUACCCCUUGCAUCGUGGACAUUCGCGGCUUCACCAGCUCCUUCCUCUUUUCGAUCGAGACGCAGCACACCAUCGGGUACGGAUCGAAACAUCCGACAGACGAGUGCCCGGAGGCAGUGUUCGUCAUAUGCAUCCAAUCGAUGACGGGGGUGAUUCUGCAGGCUUUCAUGGUCGGUAUAGUGUUCGCGAAACUGUCCCGACCGAAGAAGAGAACGCAGACGCUACUGUUCUCGAGGAACGCUGUGAUUUGCCAGAGGGACGGCCAGCCGUGUUUGAUGUUCCGCGUCGGUGACAUGAGGAAGAGUCACAUCAUCGAGGCUCACGUCAGAGCUCAGAUGAUCAAAAGGAAGGUGACCAGAGAGGGAGAACUCCUUCCGUUUUUCCAGACGGAGCUAAAGGUAGGAGGUGACGGCGAGGAAGACAAGAUAUUCUUUAUUUGGCCAACAACGAUCGUCCACAAGAUCGACGAACAGUCGCCUCUUUAUCAUAUAUCGGCCAGCGAUAUGUUGCGGGAACGGUUCGAGAUCGUGGUGAUAUUGGAAGGUGUCAUCGAGUCGACAGGUAUGACCACGCAAGCCAGAAGCUCCUAUCUGCCAGCUGAAAUUUUGUGGGGACACAGAUUCGAGCAUAUAAUCACGUUUAAGAAAGAAACUGGAGAAUACGAAGUGAAUUAUACUCUCUUCAACAACACGUACGAGGUCGACACACCGUUGUGUUCUGCGGCUGAUUUGGAUAAAAUCAGGUCGAUACAACGUGCCAAGGGAGAGCGCAUGAGCACAAGCGGGUUCGCUCAUUAUCGCGAUGCGUCCAGCAGUUCUUUGACCACCGGAUCCGGUUCGAGCUUGGCAUCGUCCACUGGUGGCCUGCACAUGAACGUCCCGAUGACGCCACUGACUCCGAUUCCAGUUAUGAUCACCAGCCCCGACGGUUCUCUGAGACGCGAGAGCAUGCAGAGUGUGCAAACGGAUGCAAAACAGCCGAUAUUUUACACGCAGAACGAGAUGUUGGACAGCGAGCCCCACACCAUCAGUCAGGUGGAAGAAGACGCGAGAAAUCAAGAAGAUUAUAACCGCGUGCUGGAGGACAUAAACGCGACAUUAAGAAAAAAUCGAGCACACGUCAAGGAGGACAAGAGGAUUCACCGAGAGCCAUCCAAGUCAACGUUAGACUCCAGAAAGAGCGAGAGCAGGACUAAUAUAGACAUACUCAAAAGAUCUAGCUCGAGAACGACGCUGGAUCAAGGUCCUAUUGUUAUCAAUCCUCCACCAAGAUCGGUAUCACGACAGCAUUUAGAAGCCAAGCACACCAAAUUCGCCGAAUCGACGGAACCGUAUCGCGAACCACCGCCUCAUCCACAUCCUCACUCUCAUUCAAUCUCGAGGAGGUCCAGCUUGGGCGACUUCCACAAGUCCAAGGAACCGCACAAGAAGACCAGCUUCAUCCUCGGCGACGACGAUCACGUGAUUACGAUUUCGAAGGUACCCGCGUCGCAACACGAUUCCGAACCGUUGGAGGCUGACUCAUCGAAGCCGAAUCAUCAUCCUCUGAGCAGAGAUUCCCAGGAGCAAGUGUAGCAACGGCUCUCUAUAAAUCUGCUGCAUCGACGCGACGUGCUCUUUCUCAGAAACAUAACGUCAAAUCAACUUGGAUCGUAUUCGAGGCUUUCUCCACCUGAUCUUUUAGGAUACCAUGCGAACAACUGACACUGACGCUGACCUUCCUCUAGCUCGGGUACCUCGGGGUUGCUGAGCCCGUACUGUAGCUACAAAUACCGCUACAGCCCCUGAGAGCACGUACUGUUAUCGCGCAACUUCUCUACGUUCUGUUUCAGAUUCUAAUGUAUUAUAUCUCAGUAACGGCGCGGUCAAUAAUUGUUAUUUUCUUUUUAACGGUUUAUCUCUUUGAGGAAAAAUAAAAUUCAAGCUACACAGAAGAACAGUGUCAACAACUUGCUAACGCGUUUUGACUUGUACACAUUUCUGAUUCCUCUUAUUGUACUUUUAGGGUUGGUUCAUAGAAUUGCCACAAGAAUGAAAAACUUUAAAUGAAAUAGUAAAGCUAAGCAAAAAGUGGGAUUAGUUUUUAACCCACUUAACUUCAAAAAGUUACAACAUCGAUUUUUAUAACAUAUCAAAUUUUCAACGAGUUACUAAAUCGCAUUUUGCUUUGAAAAAUUCACCCGAAAAUCUGUAUGUACCAUGAGGGUCUGUGUUACAAUUACAAAAUUGUGAUAUCGUUUUUCAUCAAAUUGGGAUGGUCAAAUUAAAUCCUAAUAGGUUCGUAUAAAUCGUAUUUAACGAAAAAACCUACAUUAAAAUCCUUCAUUAAAUAAAUCCACGGAAGAACUACCUUAAGCCAUAUUCGUAACAAUUUCUAUCGGUAACAAGCGAACCGUGCCAUGAGUUAGGUGAUUGGUAGCCGAUGAAUCGCGAAACGAGCAUGGGUAAAGUGAUCCCUACGCGACGCAGGCCAAUACGAGCACAUGUCAUUUGACCCCUGAAGAAGUUAACCGGACUGCUGACGAAACGUCCGAGUAUCUUAUCCAAAGAACACAGCUUGCACCCGGAAGACUCAGUUAGUAUCGAGUUAACUUGAAAUUAAACGGAGCCCGAGUCGAAUCAGGCACGAGUUGUCGGGCCCGUGCUACGAUUUAAGCCAAUAAAAAGCGCCACGCUGAGAUAAGUUUCCUCGUAUUUAAUUUUAUGUUAAUCAGGUGAUUAUAUACAUAACGUAAAGGAAGGAUAGCUGUUUGGAUAGAUACAAUUUGAAAUAUCGGUGUGAUUUCUUAGUGGUAACAGUGACAAGAGUUUCGACGAUUCAGACGAUGACUGACCUUUGGAAAGAUUUAGUAUAGUGGUCGAAUUACGCUGGAUCUUUCUGUACAGCACGAUUCACAAAGGCGUGUUUAUUUUCUAUACAUAUACGUUGAGUGAAGUUUACGCGGCUACAAAGUCAAACUGUGGCACGUUCGAAGUAAACGUGUGAUUGAUAGGAUGAGGUUAAACGAGUCCGGAAAUCGUAGGUUUAAAUGACGGGUCGGAAUGAUCUUAACGACAAUGAGCCAAAAUAAAAGAUCACCAUAAUUUUAGCGAUGAACGAUUUUAUUCUGACAAGGUCGAGCUUGAAUUUUGAACACGACUGGGCUCAAAAUGUGGGAAUUGACGAAUGUAAACAAACCGUAAAGCUUUAGACGUAUCCGACUAGAUAUUUGUAUAAAAUAUGAUAUUAAACAUCGAGAUUGCAACAUUGAAUUUACUGUGCAUGCCAGCGAAAGCUCGUGAUUAGACUGUGAACGUUCAUCGCACGUAAUAUACCGGAUGUUCAUUUGAAAAGUUAUCACGUGAAUAUAUUAAAAAUACGAAUUCCAUGUAUCUGUUUCACUCUGAGUAAAAAUUUGAAUUUAUAUUAUGGAAUAAAAAGGAAGAGAAAGAUGGGUUUCAAUUAAAAUAUAAAUGUACGAUGUACGACGAAAAGUAAACAUUACACAGGGUUUUCUAACAGGAGCUUUGAGAAAUUGUUUUUUUAAUAAGACACGAAAUAGAAUAUACGCGUUCUUUUUAUAUCUAAUGAAAAUAUAAACGUUCGGUUUAAUUUAAGUGUCUACGCUGACAGGUGUAUUUUGCUAUCAAACACCAAAAUUCUACAGCUCUUUUUGAUAAAUCCUUUGUAAUGUUGUUUUUCAUCAUAUAUCAUGUAUUUAUGUUUCAAUUGUUCUACUAUUCUUUGGUUUGAUUUCCUUGACUUGAGCAAAGUGGUAAAACAUAUUUCCCAAUUAUCGAACGAAAAUGUAACCGUUCGACCGAAUAAAAAUUGCAAAUAAAUUAUCUAGCGUUGGUUUCGUUCGUCAUCCGUUAUCCGAAUCAAAUUUUACCCAUCUCUGGUUCGUGCUGGUACGUCGAGGUAUUCCACGUUGUGAUGCAAUACGCGAUGGGUUGAAGGGCAGAUGGAUGAGUAGAGGAUUAAGUGGAUCCAGAGAGCCGUAGGUUAGACGACACGACAGGAUGAGUUUAGUGGCGGGAAGUGCCCUCGUUAUCACGCCAGUCAAUUGUUUAAUCUCGACCUGGCCUCUUCCCUCUUCGUCCCCACUUCUUGAGCCAGGUUUCCACACACACGAGCCAUGACACCACGCGAAACACGCUAAACCAGCUAUCAAGUGUCUGGAACACGUAGAUUCGUUCGCGAACUUGUACCCCUGCUUUCGAGCCGCUUUGCACCUGUUUCCAGCUCUGCGAACUCGUCAACCGCGAAAACAACAAUUGAAGCUUUCGCUCGUUCUACGCGCUGAUUGUUCCACUUUUCGAGCCUCCCGGAAGAUACUCUUUCCUUGAUUUCAACGUGGGAUAAAUUCCUCCGUGUAAAAUCCACGUUCGUAGCGUUAUCUCAAUUGACACGUGGCUCAAGUUAGAAUUACGAAAAAAUGAGUUUAUUAUAGGACUAGUAAGUAUUAAGAGUGUUCGUUUUAUUUACCAAAUUUAACGUAUACCAAACCUACGUAUUAUUUGGUUUAUAUUGGUAAAAAGUACAAGUCAAUUUUAAAUCAAGUCAAUAAUUUUCAAAUUGUUUUGAACAAAUCUUAAGGGCGAUCAGAAUUUAUGUAAGAAAAGAAUUACAUCGACUUCUUUUCUAUCUUUUCCGUUAAAGGAAACAUAUAAUGAAAUUUGAUCAUUUGCCAUCAAACUUUUCUUCUUCUAUAUACGAUACAUACAUUCUUUCUUUCUUUCAUGCUCGCCUUCUUUUUUAUCCUUUUCUUUUCUCUCAAAUUCUGACAAUGUAUACCGAUACUCAGAAGAUCCUUGUACAAAGAUCAUUUCAGUGUCCAGAACAAAGACUGAGAAACAAACGAUAUUCAUUCAUCGUAAUGAAGAUUGGAUCCUCAGGAGUUAGCUUCCCUCUGUGCAAAUUCUUCGAGGAGAGAGCCGACAUUCCUUUAAAGAAAACUUUCCGCGGUUCAAUCUUCUUAAACGAAAGGAAACAUUUUCCCGGGUUUUUUUUUUAGCGCCAGUGACCUUCGUUACGUAAGACCAGUUCGGUUGCAAUUCCGCAACAUGAUUUUUCCGACAUUUUCGUAUUAUCGUGAUUCUCUCCAUUUCUUAUUCAAAACAGCCAUUGUCUGCACAACAAUGAGCACUGUCUAGAAUGACAGCCGACGAGCGAGGAUAGAAAAAACGGCGAAGCAUAUCACCUUGCAACGCGAAUUGCGACAUCCUCCUCCGGGUUUGUCCUCGGUCUGAUAUGCUGAUUAUACCUGCACUAUCUUGCGAAUAAUAAUUCGCGUGUUUCUAUUCGCACCUGAAAUCGUCGAUCGACUUUUCCAUCGAAUUGUAUCAAAUUCGCUAGAGAUUAAUUUCAUUAUGGCUCGAUGUAAGAACAUUAAGUAAAUUAUAUAUCGAUAAUAUAUGUAUGUUGAACUCACGAGGGAAGUGAGUUUCACAUGUGGGACAAACCGAAAACUUUGAAUUUUUGCAGAAAUAAAGCUCAUGGAAACCCAAUUACAGUGAAAAAUAAUAUCAAGACGUGCUCCAUAUAAUUAAUAUUUACUUCUUUAAUUAAAAAUUCUCUUCGUGGUAAAAGGUGUAGAUAAAUAGAUGACAUAAAAAUGCAUUUGGUAUUUUGCCAGAAACCCACAAAAGUUUUUGAGCGAUGGUACUACGUCACUUUUAUCUUCCAGAGAAAUGAAGAAAGGUAAUAAAGCAAAAUGUGUCACAUAUAUAACUCAUUAAUGCAUCGUGAAACAUAAAAUAUUGCGUAUCUAACUAAUGAAAUGAAAGAAACUUCUAGGAUAAAAAAAAAAAGAGAAAAUACACCAGCCGGGGCUAGUGACCUGAUGGUCGAUGGAUCGUAAAAAAACCUUAUUUGAAAAAAGAAAAUAAAUGCUAAACUCAACGAUUCAUGACUGCGAAUACACCUGUCGCGAAGAAAGACUCGCAUCGUUCGCUAUAAAGUUACCGCGGCUUCACCGACCGCGAGAAAAAGAGU